UUCGAUGUUUUACGUGAAAAGCGCAAAUGUAAUAUUCUGCAAAUAGUUCGAACAAUCUGGGAAUUAGUUUGGGUGUAUUACACAGUAACGAAACUAGGGUGGAACAGUGUAAAAUACAUGCAUCGCUUCAGAUUCAGAUUGUCUUUCAAGUGGUCAGCAGCAGUUUGACACAGCUGCAGAAACAUGGGUAAUCAACUAACAGGUGUAGCACCAUCACAGAUACUGCCAGUAGAACAUUACCUGGCUGACAAUACAGAAUAUGAAUAUGAGAGCAGUCUUGGCAGCACACGUUUCUUCAAAGCUGCUCGGGUCAAAUGCAAGGAGGGUCUAGCUGUGGUGAAAGUGUUUGUAAUUCACGACCCCUCUCUUCCUCUUGAGACCCACAAAAAGCGCCUGGAUGAUCUUGCUGUACGUUUGAAAACAACUCCUAAUUGUUUGCCAUUUCAGAAGUCAGUGCAACUGGACAGAUCAGCACUAUUGUUCCGACAAUACAUUAAAUAUAGCUUAUAUGAUCGCAUGAGCACACGCCCCUUUUUGUCAACGAUUGAAAAACGAUGGAUUGCUUUCCAGCUUCUUUGUGCCCUAAAUCAGUGUCACAAAGUCAAGGUAUGUCAUGGAGAUAUCAAGUCAGAAAAUGUGAUGGUCACCAGCUGGAAUUGGGUCAUCCUGACAGAUUUUGCCAGUUUCAAACCCACAUACCUACCAGAGGACAACCCUUCAGAGUUUUUAUAUUUUUUUGACACAUCUCGUCGGAGAACUUGUUAUGUAGCUCCUGAACGAUUUGUACACAGCAGCUCUCUUGCUUCUGAAGGUGAUCUCGGUUUUAAUGUGGUCAGAACAGGGGACCUUACCCCAGCUAUGGAUAUCUUCUCAGCAGGGUGUGUUAUAACUGAGCUUUUCACCGAUGGCACACCACCAUUUGACUUAUCCCUGCUGCUGAAUUAUCGCAUUGGAGAGUACAGCCCCUGGAAGAUUCUUGAGAAAAUUGAGGAUUCCAAUAUUAGGGAACUGGUGCGUCACAUGCUCCAAAAGGAUCCAAGCCAUCGAUUGACUGCUGAGGAAUAUCUGGUGAAGCAGCGUGGAAAGGCAUUUCCUGAUGUCUUUUACACUUGUCUUAAGAUGUACCAGCAGCAGUUUGCUGUGUCUCCUAUCAUACCCCCAGAUGACAGAAUUCUCUGUAUCAGACAGGAUUUUGAUCACCUGAUGAAAACUCUUCAAGUACGGGAAGACAAGCUAGAGGAUAAUUGUGUUCUUGUUCUGCUUAUCUCCCUUGUUACCUCAGCCUGCCGAGACCUGCACUUUUCCAGCAAUCGCUUGGCAGCACUGGAGCUUUUGUAUAAGCUAUCUGGCUAUGUGACUGUUGAUGUCAUCUUGAACAGAAUACUGCCAUACAUUCUGUACUUUGUCAGCGAUGCAUAUGUACAAGUGCGUGCAGAUGCUGUGAGGAUUUUGACCCUGAGUCUUGCCAACAUCACUCAGGUUUCAAGGAGCGAAUCCAAUGUUUUUCCAGAGUACAUAUUUCCAGCCUUGGCAAAUCUUGUCCAUGAUGAUGCAACCAUUGUGAGGACAACAUAUGCAAAAAACAUUGCUCAGCUAGCCGAAACGGCUCUCAGAGUCUUAGAGUCAACACAGCUUCAGAAACUUGUAGAUCUUGAAGCUCCAGAGGACGAUCAAUCAGUUGACCCUGAUGCUAAGCCACAGGAUGCUGUAGAGUCAACAUAUGACAUGGAACUCCAGUCGUUGCAAGAAACAAUCCAGCAGAAAGUGGUCACUAUAUUGAGUGAUCCAGAGAACUCUGUGAAGCAAACUUUGUUGGAGAAUGGCAUCACACGUUUGUGUGUGUUCUUUGGCAAACAGAAAGCCAGUGAUGUGCUCCUGUCUCAUAUGAUCACAUUCUUGAAUGAUAAGCACGACUGGCAACUACGAGCAGCCUUCUUCAGAGCUAUUGUAGGUGUAGCUGCCUAUGUAGGAUGGCAGAGCGUGGUGAUCCUAAAACCUUUGCUGCAGCAGGGAUUGAGUGACACAGAAGAAUUUGUCAUCCACAAGACACUGGGAGCUCUAAAGACGAUGGUUGAACUUGGUCUUAUGCAGAAACAGGUCAUCUUGGAGUUUGUCAAUGAUGUUGUGCCACUUUUGGCCCAUCCAGAUGUAUGGAUUCGACAAGGAAGUGUAGGGUUUGUCUCAGCUGUUGCAUCCAAGAUGGAUGUUGCUGAUCUUCAUGUAAAGAUCAUACCCAAGGUCAAGCCAUUCUUGAAGCGGGCAGUUCUGCAGCUUCACAAUGAGUUGGUCAUGCUGGAUGCAGUUGAUGAGCCUAUUUCCCGCACCGUGUAUGACUACAUCUUACGUUCCCCUCAUCUUGAACACUUGUUUGAUGUGCUGCAGUCUCGUGCAUCUGUUCGCUUAAUUACUCGUCAAGGUCAUAAGCCUAUGUACUCAGAAACUGAUGAAAACAUAAUGCAGAUAUUUCGCAAAUUAAACUCCCUCGGCAUGACAGAAGCACAGGAAAGCAAACUGUUGGCAAUGAAAGACUUCCUGUUAAAGCUUCACAAAGCAAGAGCUGGGUCAGCAGAUACAAAUGAUGAUGAGAACAGUGACCAGCUUAAGCCAGGAGUCAUAAACAUUCGUUCCAGCCACAUUAAUAUUACACGUCGUCAUGCUGAGUUGUACAAAUCUAAAGAGGCUUCAUCGGAUACAUCUUCCACUGCGAGGCAGCCCAAGAAAAGAGUACAAAGAUUGGAAAGUGGAGGUACAGCAAUGAAUCCUGAGUGGAAGAAAAUGUUUGGUUCGGAUGAUACUGACCGCUCAUCUGCCGACUCAGUCAGGAGCCGUGCCAGUGCUGAAAGGCAGACAGAAGGACUUGAAGGAAAGCGGCUAUCUUUGAUGCCACCAAUGAUGCAGCCACCACCUGUUUCUGUAGGGGGUCAAAGUCCUCAUCUGCAUCAACUGCCCAUGGAGCCACCUAGUCUCAUCCAGGAGAAGCCACAGAAGACAGUUGUUACACGCUACGCCAAUUGCAAGCUAGAUCUACGUACACUUGUGCACCAUCUUCGGGAUCAGUAUGAAGCAGAAGUAACAUCUCGUGACCUGAUGGAAGGUAUUACAUGGGACCAACGACCUCCGCCUGAUAACUGGCGUCCUCGUGGCACGCUGGUGGCACAUCUGCAGGAACACAAGGGCAUGGUCAACAGAUUGUGUGUUUGUAAUGACCAUCAGUUCUUUGCAAGCUGUUCCAAUGAUGGUACAGUCCGACUGUGGGAUGUGGCCUCUCUGGAAGGGAAAACAGCUGCCAAUCGUCCCAAAUUCAUUUUCAGCAAGCAAGGGGGACACAUCAAGUGUGGCACUUUCUGUGAAGGAUCCGCUUCAAUUGCAUCAGCAUCUGACAAUGGUUCCCUGCAUGUCUACAGGCUGGAAAUAAGUACUGUUACACCUGCACAUGCACUGAACAUUGACAAGGAGAAGUAUGGCAUAGUCAUGGACAUGAGCCACUUUGACACUGGAGCACAGUCACUCUUGGUACAAGCUACUGUAAACAACUACGUCGUUGGGUGGGAUUUACGGAUGGGCAAACCAGCUUGGGAACUGCACAACAAUGUGCGGACAGGCCUCAUCACUACAAUGGCUGUUCAUCCAACACAGUCUUGGUUAGCUCUGGGGACAAGCAGUGGUGCCCAUGUGUGCUGGGAUUUGAGGUUCCAACUACAGAUCAACAAUAUACAACAUCCAACAGGUGCUCGUGUGCGUCGAAUUGUCAUGCAUCCUAAGAAGCAAUCGUGGCUUGUGUCAGCUGUACAGUGGAACAAUGAGGUUUCCAUGUGGGACGUUGAGAGCCGCCAGCGACAAGAGGCUUUGUGGGCCAGCCACCACCCACCGCUCACAGAGCGAGAGUCCAGUGGGCAAGCCGUGCAUGGGCUGUAUGUUGCAUCCACUGAUACUCAUGUAUUCGCAUUAACUGGAGGAUCUGAUCGAUGUAUACGGUACUGGGAUUUAAAAUGUCCAUCCAAGUCUUUCAUCAUGAGUCAUGGUCCACUUGACCAGCCCACCAAUCAUGUUGCGUACAGGUCUCAGCUGAUUGAAGGAACAGAGGUUAUACAGGAAGUGAAGACAGAGCAUCCAGUGUCCAGAGAGGAGGGACCUCAAUGUGGGCCUGAUGCCCCAGCAACAGGGCACCUGGACACCAUAAGUGAUAUAGCACUUUGCCAGGCUUCCCAGUGGUUUGUAGUCUCUGCUGCUCACAAUGGUCACAUCAAAGUGUGGAAGUAGACCAUGAAUGUUACCUGUCAUACUGUGGAAUGGACCUCCUCUAUCAUUACCUGGUCGCUUGUUUAUCUUGGUUUGAAUGAAGUUAGAAUGAACAGUUUUAUAGUGUACAGUAAUUUGACUGUUUUAUGUGUUGAUGCAUGACCUUUGACUAAUGCCAUGACUUAGUUUUUUUCACUAAGGCAAGAAAGCAUUUUAUUAACUGAAUAUCAUAGACAAUAAUAUCUGCAACAACAGUUGAAUGACAGUAGAUUUUAAAGCAUUCUUCUCACCUGGAAAAAGAAGCAAAAGAUUGUUUCAUUGGAUUGUGUUAAAGACCUGUACAGACAUUCCCUCCAUAAAACGUUCAGCUGUGAGGCCUGACUUUGAGCUUUUUUAGUUGGCAAGGUUUUAAAAGUGACCAUUAUUUUAUGGGUCCUCUCUAUUAGUCUGGUAUAGCUGCUGAAUUUUAUUUCAAGAGGACAUUGAACGUUUGUGACUGAGGUACAAGGAAUGCAGUUCAUCAAGUUUCUUUGUGUUGCAUACAUAUUUGACAUUUACUUCUUAUGUUAAUAAAGUACAUUCUGUAUAUUAUAAAUUAUUUUCUGUACUCUUAUAUUAUCAAUUAUAUUCUAAUUCAGUAUUGCCACAGCAACUGAAUGCUGUGUUAAACUGCUCAUCAGGUUGGAUUAGUGAAGGCAAAUUAGAGUGGUUUUUUUGGGGUGGGUGGAUGGGUGGAGUGGGGACUAAAAUGCACAACCUGCAGAAUACAGUUGUUUCAAGAUAUUUAUGUUCUAGAAAAAAAGGGUAUGGCAUGUCUUCCCUCUUAUUCUAGAAAGUUUAUGUACUUGCGUGAUUUGCAAAGUAGAAUUGUGAUUUUGCAACAUUUUGUUCACUUAGAAACUUGAAGGGUAGAUUAAAGUACAGGGAAAAUGUGCAAACCACAAUAAAUGCUCAUCUGUUUUACAGGCUGGUUGAACAUUGGGGUUUAUAUAGCAUCAAAUAGUGAUAGUAUCACAGUAAUAGUAUAGAAUUUUGAAACUUGAUAUAGCUAUAUAGUUUUGUUCAUUGAGGGCAUUCAAAAUAUGAACACAGCCUAAACACUCAAUUUGAUUGAUUUUGAUAGAAAGACAAAUUCUUGGCUGUAGCAACAAGACCAGCCAGCUAGCUAGGUUUGUGUUCAUUUUUUUACCUGCAACAAAAAUACGGGCGCCAGUAACUCUUGUGAACACAGUGUGGUGACUAUGCCAGUCCUGAUCUCUGACCAGUUGGCUGAGAUUUGUCACACACUAGAGGUCCCAUUCCUCUACAAAGUGUAUUCUGUAUCAUCUUUUUGUCUGAUGCUACACAGGUUUAAGUCACUUGUUUAUUUGUAUCUUCAGGGUUGGAUGUGUACAUUUAUCAAUCGAGUGUAGUUUGUCCAGUAACAUAAUAGGAGUACACCCAUGUUACUGGCUGUUGUAAAUCUCUAAAGAAAUAUCGUCUGGUGCAAAACAAAAGAUGUGUUUCCCAUUAUUGCUUCUGCCAUCAAACCACAUGUUUUCUGAACUGUGCAGAUGUCUCAUCAUCAGUAGGCUUGCAGAGGUUUGUAUGACUUGCUUGUUGUUGAAUGCAACAUUUAGAUAUCAUAGAAGACUGAAGAAAUGAAUGUCUCCUGUAAAGUCUGUUCUGUUUUCCAAGCUUUUAUUACUCAUGUCAUGAAGAAAUGAAUACUUAAUGUUAUGUCAUUGAAAUUAGCCCCCACUCCAAUAUCCUGAUGAUUCUCCCACUGACCAUUGACAAGGCAGCUGUAUUGUAGCAGCUUCGAGGAAACUGAUUUUAAAUGAACAGUGAAAGACACAAGUUUUGCACGUGGAAGAAUAAUUAACAUUUAUUGUUCAAGUGUUCUAUUUGUGUUAAUUUUUACUAGUUGCUGUUAAUAGUAUCACGUCAAAAAAUAAAAGAGCAUUUGGCUUUCUUAUUAUUAUUAGUGUAUUAUUAAUACAAGUUUAUAUUAAAUCAUGUAACAUUCCAUUAUCUGUUGAAAGCUGACUUUAAAAGACUGAGCUGUGGUUGUGCUGAAGGGACAGGUCAAAGGCAGAAUAAAUUAAGAUAAAUUUGUCACCAGCAUUGAGAGACAUGCCCUUGAUUGUGCCAAAGAGGGACAAUUAUGUGAAGAUUGACUUCUGUGUAUGUCUCCUUUCUUUCUUUCUUUUGCUACAUCUACAGUUGUCCUGUAGUAAUGAAUGAUAAUUAACCUGAGUAAAGCAGUGUUACUCCUCCAGAAAAAAAUAUUGUUGACCUUUGGUAAAUCAUAGACAUCACUAAAUAAAUACUCAGCUUUUUAACAUUUAAUUUUUAUUACAACACUGGGACUGACAUCAUCAUAUCUUUUUUUCCAACAAAAAUGUGCCUGUAGACCUGUUCACCCUUUGAAUUAAUAGCCAGUCUUCAGAUUGUUUGUGCCUCCAUGCCCAGGGAAUUUGUACAUUAAUGUGCAGAAUGUGUGUGUGUGUUUACAUCUAUGCAUCAGAUAUUUGAACAUUUUUUUGUAAGGUGUAAGCCUGCAUGCAGUACCUGUAUUCUUACAGGAUCUAUUUUGACUGUACUGUGGGUUGUAAAAUUGAAGCAGCUCACGAUGUUUGGGAAUCAUGGCUUGUUUUUUAAUGUGCAAAAAUGAGGAUGCUUUAAAUAUAAGCACCUUCUUAUUUUCAUUUGAUUGCUUAUCACCAUCAACUCACCUUCCACCCCUAUCUUAAAAAAAAAAAUGUCCACCUGCACAGCAAGUAAUUAUGAAACUGUGUAUAAAAUAGACCUACUGUAAAUGUGUACAUUUGUGAUGGCUAGCUGCAAAGACUAGAAAAUAAUGAUUAAAAUUGAAUGUUUCAGCA